AUGAGACAGGCAAUCUCCUUGUAUGGUCUCGCGUGCUGCCUCCUUCUCAAGCGAGGCGCGCCGCUGGGCCUCGGCCUGGGCAGCGAGCGCUCGGCCGCCUCGCGGAGGCUCCCCGCGCGCUGGAACGCCUCCGAGGUGCAGGGCAGGCUGGGGUUCUUGACCAGCGGCGCGUACACCAGGAGCGGCAAGGCCGACAGCUUCUACGAGUACCGGCUGCCCGACGGCAGGGACUCUUUCAAGCCCAAGCACUUCAGCCAGGAGGAUCUCCGCCAGUGUCUGUCCGACAAGUGGGUCCACUUCUUUGGGGACUCGCGCCUGAGGUUCUUGUACGCCAGCACCAUCGCCUACCUCUUUGGGCCAGAGCAGCUGGACCAGGCCUCGGGGGAGACGAGGGCCGGGGCUCUCCAGUAA